CAUCUUCAUGGUAUCAUCACCUGAUAUGGCAUAUUCACCCCUUAACAAAUAAUACCUAGCCAUAUAAUACUUCGCUCAGCCCUCAGUUUGUCUCCUUCUAAUAAAAAAAACACGCAGUAUCGGAAAUGGCGAAACAAAAAUCAAAACUCCUAGAAUCUCUCGAACAAGAUGGCUUUGUUCUCAUUCCCUCUCUUUUGAGUCAGACGGAGGUGGAUUCUCUCCGUCUCGAAGCGAAAAGUACUGUCGAUCUCGCUCGCUCUGGCUCAUGGCCAUACGUUCGCACACUCCCCAAGCAAUUCCCACCAUGGAACAUAGGUGAAGGAGAAUCACCUGCAAAAGAUGGUAUCUGGGGUGUUCAAUCACUUAUGCAUCCCAAACUUCCAACUUCGCCAGCAUUCAUCAAGGUAUACUUUUCGGACAAAAUGUUAGGUGUGGUGAAAGAGCUUCUGCAGUGCGAAGAUGAUGAUUUGGUCAUGGAAUUGUUCAACUUGUUGAUUCGUCCUGAUCGCGACUUUGAGCUCCGUUGGCAUCGGGACGACAUCCCAUCUACUGCCACGGCUGAAGUGGAACUUGCGAGAUUGGCGGAACCGGCAUGGCAUGCGCAGUGGAAUAUGGCAUUAUAUGAUGAUACGUCCCUCAUUGUAGUUCCCCGAUCUCACAAGAGAGCUCGAACCGAUGCAGAGAGGGAGAUGAAUGAAUAUGCAACGGGGGUAGAGGGCGAGAUUAGAGUUCAGAUGAAAGCAGGUGAUGUGGUGUUUUAUGAUAAUAAUAUUUUGCAUAGGGGAAAGUAUGAAAGUAGUAAGGAGAGAGCAACGUUGCACGGAAGUGUGGGACAUAGGAAUGGGAAAGGUGUAAGGGCGAGGAACGUGUUACAACAUGGAUUGAGAGAGGUAAGUUGGAUCUAUUCUACUCCUUCGAGUGAAUAACUAUUAACGACAAUUCUGAUUCAUUGGUGAUUUUAGUGGGUUGGCGAUAUUGAUCUUAGUGUAUUGAAUGAAGAGGAGAGGAAUAGGGCAGAUGCAAUGAGGGAGAGGUUGUUGAAGAUGGCGAAUGAAAGUGGUGAAGUAGGCUAUUCAUUGGAUGGCUGACAUUGAAUGAUCAUAAAACAGGAAUCAGUGUCAGGUAUGUGGCAGAUUGUGUACAGCGAAGCGAUGGGCUGGAUUACUGAGUGUUACUGUAUGUAGCCGUGGAAAAGUCUGUUUUUAAGCUUUCUGGAAAUAAAUUAUUGGACAGUACAGUCGUCAUAGAGGUUAUUAGUGAAUGAAACUACUAUAAUCUCUCAAUA